AUGCCGCUCAUCUUAUUAUCCGGUUAUCCAUCCUCUGGAAAAACUUACCGCUCGCUUCAGCUGCGUAACUUCUUCCAAGAUAAGAUCUUGACCUCAAAUGAUCCCAGAGUAUCUCGUCUUACGGUUCACCACAUCAACGACGAAUCGUUAGGCCUAUCGCGCCAUGUUUACCAUACUGCACGGACCGAGAAAGAUGCAAGAGCCGCAGAAUAUUCUGCCGUCAAGAGAGUGCUUGGAAGAGACGUUAUCGUUAUCGCAGACAGCAUGAACUACAUCAAGGGUUUUCGAUACCAGCUCUAUUGCGAGGCCAAAGCUCUGCAGACACCGAGCUGCGUGGUUCAUAUUGGUAUCAGUAUAGACAAGUGUCGCGACCUACACGCCAGGCGACCCCCAGAGCUACGUUAUAGUGAUGAAGAUUUUGAAAACCUUCUCUUUCGCUACGAAGAGCCAAACGGUAUGACUCGAUGGGAUUCGCCUUGCUUCAUUGUCCCUUUCGAGGACGAUAGCCCUCCCCUGGAGUCUAUAUGGGAGGCUAUAAUCGGUAGCGAUGGUAAAACAAAAGUGAUUCGCCAAAAUCCCGCCACUGUGUUGAAACCUGCCGCUCCGGAGAACUACCUCUACGAAAUGGAUCACAUUACCUCUGGAAUAUUGACUCGUAUCCAGGCGUAUCAAUCGGACCAUCCAGGAGAGAUUGGCGGCUCCCUUAAUAGGCAACAUAGUCUGGACAAGGCACGUAUCAAGGCUAUCUUUGUCGAAUAUCUCAAUGAUCAGUUCGGAAGAUCAUGA